UUUUAAGUUUAAUUUCUACAAUCAGUGUUAUUAUAUUUUCCAGGUUUUAUCAGGAUCAGGAGUCUAUGAUGGCAGUGAAGUUCAUGAGGCUUCAGCUGUAUGGGUUCACCUUAGUCGGGGUGGAGCUGACGUAUCAUUCUUUGCUCCAGAUGUUACUCAGAUGCAUGUUAUAAACCACACCAAAGGAGAGCCAAGUGAGAAUGAAACAAGGAAUGUAUUGGUGGAGUCUGCACGUAUUGCUCGGGGAAAGAUUGCUGCUCUUUCCGGGCUCAGCAGUGGUGACUUUGAUGCUGUGGUCUUCCCAGGUGGAUUUGGUGCUGCCAAGAACUUGAGUGAUUUUGCAGUGAACGGGGCUGGCUGUACCGUAAAUACAGAUGUUGAAAGGGUUCUUAAGGAGUUCCACCAAGCUAAAAAACCAAUUGGUCUGUGCUGCAUUUCACCAGUCCUUGCUGCCAAGGUUAUCCCAGGCUGUAGUGUAACGGUUGGCCACGAAUCUGAGGAAGGCGGAAGGUGGCCAUACGGUGGAACAGCUAAAGCAAUACAAGAGAUGGGGGCAAAGCAUGUUGCCAAAGAUGUCACAGAAGCCCAUGUCGAUGAGGAGAACAAGAUUGUGACAGCCCCUGCAUUCAUGUGUGAAACCAAGGUUCAUGAGAUCUUUGACAGCGUUGGAAGCAUGGUCAACGGAGUCCUUAAACUUUGCUGAAACCCCUCUUAAAGAGUUCAAAUAAAGUUCUGGGCCCCCGUCAUGCAAAGAGUUAUGAUUAAUCUAAUCAACCACAAGUCAACUAUGGAGAGCCAGCAACAUCAACAUCUAAAA